AUGAGGCCAGAACGUGAGUUCCAGCCUUCCAGGCUUCACAUCAAUUUAAUUGCCCAAGGGUUGACAAGAAAUCCUCCUCUGCUUACUCUUUUCAAUAUUCCGUUCCUUCCUAAUGUCCUUCGACGUUUACACUCUUUAUCUGUCAUCUCUGCACCUCCUCUCCUACUUCACACCCAUCACCUGAAACUCCUAUAUCACUGUGUCCCUGCUCCACCGUCUCUUCCGUGUUCGCUAUUUCAUUCAUGCGUGGAUCUUUACUCUGUGAAGAAAGUCCACGCCGCUCUUAUUGUCUCGGAUGCAUUGUUAUCUAAAUCCGUUGCUUCAAAGCUCAUAACCUUGUAUGCUCGAUUCCAUGAUCUGGGAAGUGUCCUUGGGAUUAUAAGAACUCUAAGGAAAGAGCCUGAUACGAUGAUGUGGAAUUUGGUUAUUAAGACCCUGGUUGAGUUGGGACUUCCCCGCGCGGCCUUUUUAUUGUACAAACAGAUGAGAAUAGCGGGUGUUCUCCAUGAUGCAUUUACUUUUCCUGCAAUAAACCAGGCUUUAUCUGCCAUCCGAAGCGAUGCUGUGUUUGCAAAAAUGUUCCACUGUCAAGCAAUUCAAAUGGGUUUGGAUAUUGAUUUAUAUUUUUACAAUACCAUGAUCGACGUCUAUGUGAAAUGCGGGUGCGUCACCUCUGCACGUAACUUGUUUGAUGUUAUGUUUCACAGAGAUUUGGUUUCCUGGACAUCUCUAAUUUCUGGAUAUAUUUCCGAGAGACAUGUUAGUGUCGCCUCUCAUUUGUUCAACAAAAUGAGGACGGAAUUGGAGCCGAAUUCGGUGACUCUACUUGUCAUGUUGCGAGCAUGUUGUGCCUCUAAGACUCUGAGGGAUGGAAGCCAAGUUCAUGGGUAUGCCAUAAAGAGUGGGUUGUUAAGGGAUGCUUCAUUGCAAAAUGCUGUUUUGAGCAUGUAUGCUAACACUGGGAGUACAGAAUGCGUGGAAACUGUUUUCAGUGAAAUUCACAGAAAAGACAUUGUUUCCUGGAACAUUUUGAUUUCCUUUCACGGAAUAAAAGGAAAUAUCAUGGAAGUAUCUCGUAUUUUUAAGGAAAUGCAUGGUGGAGCAGAUUUUUCGUGGAACAUUCAGACUUUAACCCUAGUUUUAUCAGCAAUCGCAAAGUCUUGUAGUCUUUCUGAGGGUCAAAGCGUCCAUUGCUUAGUCAUAAAAACAGGACUAUCUGAUGAUAUUUUGCUGACUUCUUUGCUCGAUUUUUACGCAAAAUGUGGGAAAUUGGAAAGAUCUGUUGACUUGUUCAGAGAAAUUCAAUACAAGAGUAACAUUGCUUGGAGUGCUAUGAUGUCAGGUUUUAUUCAAAACGGUCAUUUUAUGGAGACCAUAACUCUAUUCCAGCAAUUGCAAGCAACAAACCCUGAUCCUGAUCCUGUAAUUUGGAGAAAUCUAAUUGAUGCAUACGCUAAUCUAGGUGCUCUGAAAUUAGGCAAAGGAGUUCAUGGUUUCCUUGUGAAGAACUUGUUUAAUGGAAUUGAGGAAGACAUUGCACAACUGGAAAACUCCAUUUUAAACAUGUACGUAAAAGGCGGUAGCAUUUCUUCAGCUCGAGCAUAUUUUGGUAGGUUAUCGAGCAAAGAUGUCGUAGCAUGGACAACUAUGAUUGAGGGGUUUGGGUCCCAUGGUUUUGGCUAUGAAGCCCUCAACUAUUUCGCAUUAAUGAUUGAACAAAGAGUUCAGCCAAACUCUGUCACCUUCGUAAGCUUAUUAUCUGCUUGCAGCCACUCUGGUCUUGUGAGUGAAGGCUGCAAAAUUUACUGCACCAUGAAAUGGGAUUUUGGUAUUGAACCAGCUUUGGAUCACCAGACCUGCUUCGUGGAUCUUUUAGGUCGACACGGGUUGCUCAAGGAAGCCUUAUCCAUAAUACUGAAAAUGAUUGUUCUGCCUGAUAGCAGGAUUUGGGGUGCUCUUCUAGCGUCUUCCAGAGUUUAUGGAAACCAGAAAGUUGGGGAAUAUGCAGCAGAAAGACUUCUGAAAUUAGAACCUGACAACGCUGGUUAUUAUACUUUGUUGAGUAAUGUCAAAGCAAGUGCUGGAAGAUGGGAUGAAGUUGAAGAACUUAGGACAGCCAUGACUGAGAAAAAUCUCAAGAAGAAACCAGGCUGGAGCUGUAUUGAAGUAAACGGGGUCAUGCAGGGAUUCACUUCAGGGGAUAUAUCACAUCCUGAAGCAGAGUAUAUUUAUGAAACAUUGAAUUGUUUGGCAAUUGCAACUCCUUGUGUCUAA